CGCGCCACUUUUCCGAGCUCCAGCGCUCCAUAAGCACAAGGACCAAAGAUCUGAGUGGAAUCAGACGUACGCAAGAAAGACCGAAACAUGAUGCGUUUCGUUUGCGCGUUCAUGACUGCGGUGUGGUCUCAGAUGGACACUGGAUGGACCCGUGAGGGAAAGCACGAUGGCGCCGGGCUGAAGGGCACGCAUGAUGUCAGCUCAGAGCACAACCGCUGAUUGGUGCACCAACUGGUGAGCUUACGGACAGCAGACAGACAGACGGACGGACGAAAAGUACAUCCAUCUGUUAUGGCUGCGCAUCUCCCGUCCCAUGCAGGUGCCGGAUCUUCAAUCGGAAGACGAACCUGUCCUUCACAGACGUCUGGAGCAACGAGACUGACAUGAUCUCACAGUGCCAAUCCGGCUAUCUUGCUUGGUUGGUGCAAUGCAAACAUACAAACACGUUCCUGCACCGUGUGUAGCACUGCACGCCUGUCGGUGUGCACGUGUGCGGUCAUUCGUCUGUUCGUGCGUGUACACGCAGGGAUCCAGACAUCCAUAAUCCCGUUCGCCCAGUGGCCGGCACACCAACCCCGGCCACCCAGAGGCCGCCGCCGAGCAGACCGCUCGCGAGAAUGGCGUAUGACAAGUGCCAGCAGAUGCCGGCCUGGAGCAGUGACACGGCAGCGGGCAACGGGUUUGAGGUGAGCGCUCACACACACACACACACACAGAGAGAGAGAGAGAAUGCCUGCGUAAUGGAGGCAUUGAUGUCACCUUUGUUCUGUCCCUUUCCCCCCUCUCUGUGUGUGUCUGUCUGUCAGGUGAGGCUUCACAGGGGUCGGAGGAGGUGCACUGUGAGCAGCGCCUGCUACCAGCAUUCUGAGGAGCGGCCGGGCCACCCCGACAAGACUACACUGAACUACUGGAAGCGCUGCGUGUCGUGGCGGGUGUGGACGCAAAACCCAUUCUCCUAGCUGGGCGAGGUGCUGUGCUGGCAUCGUGUGAGCUGGAGCGACAUUUCGGUAUUCGCGGCAUUUUUCGGUAUCUCCUUUCUGUGUGUGUGGGUUGGUGUGUUUCGCACUGUGGUGUGAUGGGUUUGGAUUGGGGACUUUUUGUUUGUUGUGGCUGUGGUGUUGACUUCGAUCGGCGCCCAGAUGUGUGCCGGAUUGGGCUCCUUCUCGUCGCUGAGCGAGUUGUCGACGAUGACGAUGGCGUCCUUUCAUCGCCGACAACUCGCUCAGAGGUGGAUCAAGUCCAGUUCGUGUGUGUAUGGGUGGGAUGACCCCUUGCUUCGUUUCUGUUUGUUUUGGUUGGUAUGGUUAUCAUUCUACCUGCCUGAAGACGUGUACGUUCGUGUGUGUCCAUCCAUCCAUCCAUCCAUCCUUCCA